AUGGCGCCCAAGGCCACCAAGGACAAGUACUCGGUCAUCCUGCCGACGUACAAUGAGCGGCGCAACCUGCCCAUCAUGGCGUGGCUGCUGAACCGCACCUUUACCGAGAGCAACCUCGACUGGGAACUCAUCAUCGUCGACGACGGCUCCCCCGACGGCACGCAAGAAGUCGCCCUCCAGCUCGUCAAGGCCUACGAGCCGCACGUGGUGCUCAAGCCACGCGCGGGCAAGCUCGGCCUGGGCACCGCGUACGUGCACGGACUGCAGUUCGCGACGGGCAACUUCGUCAUCAUCAUGGACGCCGACUUCAGCCACCACCCCAAGUUCAUCCCGCAGAUGGUGGCGCUGCAGCAGGCGGGCGGGUACGACAUCGUGACGGGCACGCGCUACGCCGGCGACGGCGGCGUCUUCGGCUGGGACCUGAAGCGCAAGUUUGUGAGCCGCGGCGCGAACCUCUUCGCCGACACGGUGCUGCGCCCGGGCGUCAGCGACGUGACGGGCAGCUUCAGGCUCUACAAGAAGAGCGUGCUGGAGCGCGUCAUUGCCAGCACCGAGAGCAAGGGGUAUACCUUCCAGAUGGAGAUGAUUGUGCGCGCCAAGGCCAUGGGGUGCAGCGUCGCAGAGGUGCCCAUUUCGUUUGUCGAUCGGUUGUAUGGCGAGAGCAAGCUGGGCGGCGACGAGAUUGUCGAGUAUGCCAAGGGUGUGUUUUCGCUGUGGCUCAAGGUGUAG